CGCGGCUGCAGCGGGACGGCGUGUACCGCUGGUUCUCCGAGCUGCCCUCCCCGCAGCGCGUGGAGUUCCUCUGCGGCCUCCUGGACCUGUGCAUCCCGCUGGAGCUGCGCUUCCUGGGCGCCUGCCUGGAGGACCUGGCCCGCAAGGAUUAUCACUCGCUGCGCGACUCCGAGAUCAAGGCGAACAACCCCGCCGACCUGGGCAGCCUCACCAACCUGACGGACGAGGUGGUGCGCAGCAAGCUGCUGGUGUCCCUCGCCCUGCUGGGCUCUGCCCACCGGGAGGCCGCCGGGGUCCUGUUCCGCACCCUCACCCACAUCGACUCGGUCAUCAACAACUACGGGCUGCAGCUCAACGAGGGCCGCACGGGGGAUGAGUUCCUGUUGCUCUUCACCAUGGCAUCCAACCACCCGGCGUUCAGCUUCCACCAGAAGCAGGUGCUGAGGCAGGAGCUCACCCAGAUCCAGAGUCUCAUGGCCAGCACCGGCAAGAAUCCCAGCACCUCUACCCUCAACACCAUGGCAACCUAUCCUGGCUGCCACAAGGUCACUCCAAGGUCAGAGACCCCCAUCAAUAGUGUCAGUAACAGUUUGGAAAAUGUGCUCCACACAUCCACACAUUCCAUGGAGGAGUCACUACCCAAGAGGCCUUCAGGGAAACACUCCAAAGUGAGUGUUGAAAAAGUGGAAUUAAAGGGGCUGGCACACAAGAAGAAUGAAAGAAAUGUUGAGUAUUCCUUUGAGGUCCUGUGGUCUGAUUCUUCGGUGACGUUGGUAACCAAAUCUUCUGCUGAAGUGACUGAAUUUAUUUCAAAGCUGUCUCAGCUGUAUCCAGAAGAAAACUUGGAGAAAUUCAUUCCCUGCUUAGCUGGUCCAGAUUCCUUUUACCUGGAACGGAACCACAUGGACCUGGAAUCAGACCUGAGGUACCUGGCCCCGUUCCCUUCCCAUGUGGUGAAAAAUGACCACGUCAGGAAGUUCUUCAGCACUUCAUCUCCCUCACAGCAACUUCAGAGCUCAAAUCCUGGCAACCCCUCCCUGUAUAAAGUAGGAACUACGCUGGGAACAUCUGGAAGACCUAUAUGUGGGGUGGCUGGAAUUCAGUCUUCCCAGAGCCACGUGCAGCACUCGGCCGCCGCGGCCGUGGCGCUGCCGCACUGCUCGCACGCGGCGGGCGCCGGCGCGGCGCUGGGCUAUCGCUCCCAGCUGGAGGGCUCCUCCCCUGCCAUGCUGAUGUCUUCCAGCCCUCAGACCCCCCAAACACAGGAGCAGAACGGCAUCCUGGACUGGCUCAGGAAGCUGCGCUUGCACAAGUAUUACCCUGUCUUCAAACAGCUCACCAUGGAGAAGUUUUUGAGUCUUACUGAGGAAGAUCUGAAUAAGUUUGAGUCCCUCACCAUGGGAGCAAAGAAGAAGCUGAAGACCCAACUGGAGCUGGAGAAGGAGAAAUCAGAGAAGCGGUGCCUGAACCCCUCCACACCCUCCUCAGUGACCAGCAGUGGGGUGGCCAGGGUUCCCCCCACUUCCCACGUGGGGCCCAUCCAGAGCAUCCGGGGCAACCACGCCGCAGAGCUGCGAGUGGACGUGGAUCAGCCAGCCCACCCCCUGCCCCGGGAGGGCAGCUCCUCCGAGUACUCCAGCUCCAGCUCCAGCCCCAUGGGCAUCCAGGCGCGCGAGGAGAGCUCGGACAGCGCCGAGGAGAACGAGAGACGCCUGGAGCUCCACCUGGACGCCUCGGACAAGGAGAAGCCGGUGAUGCUGCUGAACCAUUUCCCCUCGAGCUCUGCCAGGCCCACGGCCCAGGUGCUGCCCGUGCAGAACGAGGCUGGCUCGGGCCCCGCCGGCCACCACACGCUGCCCAUGCAGAUGCUGUCCCCAACCCCCUCACACAUCACCCCCAUCCGCAUGCUGGGCUCCGUGCACAAACCGGAGCGCGGCUCCGCUGACAUGAAGCUGCUCUCGUCCUCUGUGCACUCCCUCUUGUCUUUGGAAGAAAGGAAUAAAGUGUCUCCCGGCUCCAGGGGCGGCAUCAAGAUGGAGAAGGGCUUUGGGAACGCCGUGGUGGAUGUCAUGUCCGCCUCCUCUCCGCACCAGCCCCUGCAGGUGCUGUCGGGGGGCGCCGAGAGCAGCUCCCCCACGUCCACCAUGAACUUCGGGCCUCGGACCAAAGUGGUCCACGCUUCCACUCUGGACAGAGUGAUCAAACCAGCCCAGCAGCCAGGACUCAUAGUGGAGACCAGCACUGCUGCCACGGUGACGUCCAGCACAGUCUUCCACGUGGCUCGUCCGCCCAUCAAGCUGCUGGUGUCGUCGUCUCUUCCCACCGACUCCGCCAUGGCCGGGCAGACUUCCUGCUCCAGUAAUAUGCAAAUAACGGUGUCCCCCGCAAUAAUCAACCCCCGGACUGCUCUGUACACAGCCAACACCAAAGUUGCCUUUUCUGCCAUGAGCAGCGUGCCCGUGGCGCCCAUGCAGGGCAGCUUCUGCGCCAACAGCAACGCGGCCUCCUCCAGCAGCCACCCGUCCCCGUCCUUCACCACCAUGGCCAACCUGCCCAGCUGCCCCGCGCCCAGCUCCAGCCCCACGCUCUCCUCCGGCGCCGACAACAACUUCUACAGCGGCGGCAGCGGGGGGGGCAGCGGCGGCAGCGGCGGCGGCGGCGGCUCGGCCGGGAGCGUCCCCGUCCCCAACCAGAACCAUCACCACCACCACCACCAGCAGCCGCCGCCGCAGCCCCCCGGCUGCAUGGUGUGCAGCUCCUGCGGCUGCAGCGGCAACUGCGGCUCCAGCGGCAUGACCGUCAGCUACGCCAACUAUUUCCAGCACCCCUUUUCAGGACCUUCCAUGUUUACUUUCCCUUUCCUGCCCUUCAACCCCUUGUGUAGCAACGGCUACAUCAACACGCAGCAGUACAACAGCAGCACCACGUUCCCCGUGGUGCACACGGCCUACAACAGCGGCCUGGCCCCCGACUCUGUCAUGGCAGGACAGUCCACCUUCGCCGUGCCCCCCAUGCAGAACUUCAUGGCGGGCACAGCCGGGGUGUACCAGGCGCAGGGCGUGAUGGGCAACGGCAACGGGUCGGGUCACAAAAAAAACGGGAACCUCUCGUGCUACAACUGCGGGGCCAGCGGGCACAGAGCUCAGGACUGCAAACAGCCGCCCAUGGAUUUCAAUCGGCAAGGUACGUUCAGGCUGAAGUACGCCCCUCCCUCCGAAAGUCUGGACUCCACAGACUGAGGUUUGCCCAGCUGGCACCACGAUGCUGUAAAGCCAUGGAGAGCGACGGAGAUCGAACCACAAAACUGAGACGUCCAGUUGCUGUUAAGCUUAAUGUAUUUUUUAAUCCAAAGGUGCUUUACUUUAUUAGACUAGGUAGAAAAUCUAGCUUAGGGGUGCAGCCAAGCCAGUUUUGAUUGCCAAAUUCAAGCUUCGUUGUUGGAACUCCUGACUCUGUGGCCUCGGAGCGAUGGAUGGACAGAUGGAUGGUGGAGCUGGCCAGCUGCAGUUCCUGCUGGAAGUACAACAUCCCCUGGGCUGUUUUUGGCUGGAGAACGUUGCCACAAGGGGACUUUUCCAAGGUGAAAGGCCUGACUCCAGGGCAGCUCUGUUCUGAGGUGGAAGGUAGGAGUGGCCGGAAGGACUUUGGCACCCCUGGGCUAGGUAAAAUGUCUACUUUUUUUCAAAAGUGAUCAGGCACUAAUCUCUGGGAUUUUUAAGGAUUGCACUACAGAAGAAUGUAAAACUCUUCAAGCUUUCUGCACUUUUAGCAGACAGUGUCACUCUGAGACCAGUGCAAGAGGCAAAGAAGUUCCAACCUUUACAAAUUGGCACCAGCAGGCUUACGGGACUUAAUUCCACAAUAAAAAUCCUAAAAAGUCUCUUUUUUCCCUUCCAAAAGAACACACACGGCAGUUUCGGUUCCUUCUGGAAACAAACUCGUGCUUCAUUGUCUCAUCUAUUACUAGCUAGUGCUGGCUUCCCAGCACUGGAAUAAACUUAGUUUCCAAGGGUCCAAGUCCCAGAGACUCCAGAGUCAUAAAGGCUUCAAGGAUAUUUUCCUGUUAUACACAAAACCUUUACGUCCUGUUACUGUAUAUAGGUCUCUUUCACAGAAACCUUAUUAUUCUGCUUUUGUAAAUGAAUUUUAAACCAUCCUUAAAAAAAAAAAAAAUCAAACUAGGAACUCUGGCAGCAGAGUUGAUAAGCUUUUGCUUUACUUUAUAUAAAAUACCCUUUGGCUCCUUACCCCAGGAUUCAGGAGUGGUGGGAGUCAAACAUGUAAAAGGUAGUAAAAACUUCAUUAUUAUCAAGACUUGGAAGGAUUUCUUGUCGGCCUCCUUCGUUGCAGUAGGUUGUAGAUGAGUAGCUUUGGUGUUAACUACUUAGUCCAUCAUUUGUGGGUGACAAAUCUAAAUUAGGACUGGAGAGGAAGCCAAACCCAUCUCGAACUGCUAAUUUGAAACACUUUGGUCCUGUCUGGUUGAAAGAAGAUCCUAAUCCUCAUGGCUCCCCCCCUGGAUAUUUGAAGGCAUUAAAUGGGUGAGGCCUCCUCUGUAAAAGUGUCUGACAGAGAGAUCUUUGCAUCCUGUAAUUUGGGAGACACCUUUAAAGUCUGAAGCCUUGUUUACACUUGGAGGUAAUUCCUCACGGCAGGAUGAAUCCAUAGGACUUUAGUGGAGCAGUGGAAGUCCUCUGGGAGCAGGAGGGUUUGGAGCUGUGCAGAGCUGCCCCCAGGAGAUGGGACCAUGGCAGGGGGGAGCUCUGCCCUUCCUGGGCCGUGCUCAUAGGAAAGGAACAUUUUGGGCCAUCCCUGUGUCCUGUCUCUGCAAGGGCAGCCUCAGCCUCGGGAGUGUGGGGGGGCAGAACCAAGCUCGGCCCAGGGAGGGAUCCAAAAUCUGAAUUUGCAGAACAGUUGGUUUAAACAAACAAACAAAGAAAUAUCCUUUUUAUUGCUAUGCAAUAAGAACCCCCUGAUUUGUGUAUCCCCAGCCCAGCUCUUGGCUCUGCCUGCGUUUGAGGACGUUCCCUGUGUUCCCACGAACAACCUUCAGACCUACAACACUAAAGGGAUGAAAACUGACAAUGCAAUUUACUUUGCCUUAAUGAGCUCAAGACAAUGGUAGGAACAGUCUGUCCCACUGCAUCAUGCCCAAGGAAAACGUGCAGUUCCAUGUUUACUAUUUGCAGCUUUGAGGGUCUCUUCAGUGGCCUGGAACAUGUGCUGAAAGCCAAACUUAGUGUUAUUAUUAUUGUUGUUAUUAUUAUUUUUUUCACUUUUUUAAAACAAUAUUUUAGAAUUGUAUUUAAAGAAACUGUAUUACAACACAUGUGAGUGUUCAAAACCCUCUUGAAACAGCAAAAAAUAGCAG